AUGGACUACCGUGACACGCCUUGGUCGCCGAGUUGCGAAGCACCGAAAAGCGAAAGCUACAGUAUUGCGUGGCAUGUUGUCGCCCUAUUUGUUGUACUCGGUUGCUCCCUCUUAGGCACCGUACUUCCAAUUCUUGGCAAGCGUGCUUCUACCUUCCACAUACCCGAGUAUGCCUAUGCAAUCGGUAAAUCUGUCGCUACCGGCGUGGUGCUCGGGGUGGCGCUUAUCCACAUGCUGAAACCGGCUAAUCAGUCCCUCACGAGCGAGUGCUUGCCGAGUGCCAUCCGCAACCUCUCCAACCCGCUCGCGUACACCAUCUGCCUCAUUUCAGUUGCAAUAAUGCACUCUCUGGAAGCAUGCCUGCGUGCCUUCGUCCAGGACUGCAGCGCCGUUCUCAACUCCCCCAUUACCAGUGAGGAGAGCAAGCAUUUGCUCUCUGGCUAUAAAGCUGGUGAUCGACACUUCCACCCGCCUGUCCCUGCACUCGAUGACUCGGAAGACCCUGUUGGCUUGCAGAUCUUGUCAGCCGUCUUGCUGGAGUUUGGCGUUUCGCUGCACAGCCUGUUCAUCGGCCUCACCGUCGGUGUGUGUGCCGAUGCGGAGCUUUACACACUGAUGUGCGCCUUGUCGUUUCACCAGUUCUUCGAGGGCGUUGCACUCGGCUCCCGGAUCGUGGAUACGGCUCUGAGCCUGCAUACCGAGUACAUAUUUGUUGCCGUCUUUGUGCUCUCGGCUCCCUUUGGCACUGCCGUCGGCAUCAUGUGUGUGUGCAAGCAAGUGAUUAACACCAAGGGCAGUUCGUAUCUUCUAACGCAGGGUAUUCUGGAGUCGGUGUGCGCCGGGAUUCUGCUCUACAUCGGCUUUCAGCUACUGAUGGAUCACUUCUACACCGAUGUGCGGUCCAACAUUCACAGCGUACGCUCGCCGUGUGGGUUCCUGUUAGUCAUGCUGAUAGCCUUCUGGGCGGGCGUUAGUAUCAUGGUGCUGAUUGGACAAUACUUGUGA